AUGAGAGAUAGAGAAAGCAAAGAGGACACAACUAAUUGUCAGCUACAUCCAAUUGUUUUUGACUUGAAUGAGCAUAGGCGGGCCCAAGUGACUACAGCAGAGAACGGGCAGAAGGCUUUGGAGUUGUUGGGCUUGGUAGAGGGACAAUACAGCAAGAGUACUAGAGAAACAAACAUAAACUUGAUCAUUACUGAUUACUGCAUGCCAGGGAUGACAGGAAACGAUCUACUAAAAAGGGUGAAGGGAUCCUCCAAUUUGAAAGAGAUACAUGUGGUCAUCGUGUCAUCGGAGAACGUCCCUACCAGAAUCAAGAAGUACAAGGUACUCAAGAAUUUCUGCUAA